AUGUUGCAGGGCUCAAAGAAUACAGGCUUAUCAUGUGAAAGAGGAAGAAUUUGACAAAAUCAAGUAGACCUACAAUCUAUGGAAGCCGUACUAUUUAUUUUAAUUAAUAAUAUUUGAGGAAGUAUCAGGACCUGCUGGUUUUGUUAUGGCAACCCAAGGAUUUUUCACACCCACGUCUUUUAAAUGGCGUUUGAUUUCUGUAUUACGAUGGCAAGUGGGACUGCUUAUUUUCAUUCUUUAUGUGGAUAAUAGAGUGGUCGGCCAGAUCCGCUAUUCUAUACCAGAGGAGAUGAAGAAAGGGUCUCUUAUCGGUAACGUAGCCCAAGACCUUGGCUUGGAUCUGAAAAGGCUUCGUGCUGGCCGGGCCCGUAUCGUGAGCGGAGAAAACAUCCAGUACACCGAGCUGAAGACAGACAAAGGGAUCAUAGUCGUCAAUGAGAGAAUAGACCGGGAGCAGCUCUGCGGCGAAACCACACCGUGUAGUUUCAGUUUAGAGGUCAUUUUAGAAAAUCCAAUUGAACUCCAUCGUGUGACUGUGGAAAUUUUGGACGUAAACGAUCAUGCACCUUUCUUUCCAAAUAAAGACAUUCGCUUUGAAAUGAGCGAAUCUACCACGAUCGCAGCACAAUUUCCCAUAGAAAAUGCCGUUGAUCCUGACGUUGGUCUUAACGCUUUACAAAAUUACAUUCUUUCUCCAAAUAAUUACUUCGUUCUUAAACAGCACGCAAAUCCAGACGGCAGUAAAUAUGCUGAAUUGGUUCUUCAGAAGCCAUUAGACAGAGAAGAACACCCCAGUGUCUCUCUCAAAGUAAUAGCAGUGGACGGUGGAACACCACAGAGAUCUGGUACAGUAAAUAUCGAUAUUACUGUUUUAGAUGCAAAUGAUAAUGCCCCUGUGUUCAAUCAGUCAGUAUACAGGGCUUCCAUUGUUGAAAAUGCUCCAAAAGGAACUUACAUUACAACAGUUAACGCCAGUGAUGCAGACAGUGGUUCUUAUGGGGAAAUCAUAUUUAGCUUUUCAAAAUUGAGAGGCAGUACCUUUGAUAUAUUUACUAUUGAUGAGAAAACAGGGGACAUUUCAGUUUCUGGUCUCAUAGACUUUGAGAAAGAUAAAAAGUAUGAGGUCAGGUUAGAGGCAAGGGAUCGAGGGGGUUUAAUCGGGACUAGUAAAGUAAUAGUUGAAGUUGUUGACGUCAAUGACAACCCUCCAGUUAUCAAUAUCAUGUCGUUUUCUAAUACUAUAUCAGAAAAUGCCCCUCUUGGCACAACUAUAGCAGUUAUCAAUGUCAAAGAUGUCGACUCAGAGAAAAAUGGACAGAUUACAUGUACAAUAGACAAUAAGUUGCCGUUUAAAAUCCAGUCGUUAUUAUCAAACUAUUAUAAUUUGGUCGCUGAUCAACUUUUUGAUCGAGAGACUACUCCAGAAUACAACAUAACGAUAACAGCCACCGAUUCUGGAUCUCCGCCCCUAACUUGCUCUACAACAUUACACCUAAAAAUCUCUGACGUAAAUGACAACGCUCCCUUGUUCGAUAAAAAUACCUAUUUUGCUUAUGUCACUGAAAAUAAUUCCCCUGGAGUGUCCAUAUUUACGAUCAGCGCACAAGACUCUGAUUGGAAUCAAAAUGCGAAAAUCUCGUACUUCUUGGAAGACACACAAAUCAGUGGAAAUCAAAUCAACGCUCUAGUGUCCAUAAACUCUGAAACAGGAGUUCUUCACGCGGUUCGCUCCUUUGAUUAUGAGCAAAUAAAACUACUUGAGCUGGUCGUCAAAGCGCAGGAUGGAGGCUCUCCUCCACUGAGUAGCAAUGUGAGUGUGAAAAUACUGAUACAAGACCAGAACGACAACGCCCCUCAGGUGCUGUACCCAGUCCAGACUGGCGGCUCUCUGGUGGCUGAAAUGGUGCCUCGUUCAGCAGAGGUGGGCUAUCUGGUGACUAAAGUGGUGGCUGUUGACGUGGACUCAGGCCAGAAUGCCUGGCUCUCCUAUAAACUGCAGAAAGCCACAGACAGGGCGCUGUUCGAAGUGGGCUUACAGAAUGGGGAAAUCAGAACUAUCCGCCAAGUCACUGAUAAAGAUGCUGUGAAACAAAGGCUGACUGUUGUGGUGGAGGACAACGGCCAGCCCUCUCGUUCAGCUACAGUCAAUGUUAACGUGGCGGUGGCGGACAGCUUCCCUGAAGUGCUGUCAGAGUUCACUGACUUCACACAGGACAAGGAGUACAAUGACAACCUGACUUUUUACUUGGUCUUGGCUUUGGCUGUGGUUUCCUUUCUGUUCAUCACGUGCCUGGUGGUUAUUAUAUCAGUGAAAAUCCACAGAUGGAGACAGUCUCGCAUCCUGUAUCAGUCCAACCUGCCGGUGAUUCCAUAUUAUCCCCCACGUUACUCAGACACUUUGGGAACAGGGACUCUCCCACACGUGUACAAUUACGAGGUGUGCAGGACGACUGACUCCAGAAAGAGUGACUGUAAAUACAUGCAACCUAUGAGUCAGAGUUUGCUGAGUGUUGACGGAGCUGGGGCUGAUACAUUGCAGAAGGAGAAGCCAUCGGGCGUGGUUUCUGGAAUGUCGACUCUGGAGGUGUAG